AUGGCGGGAAUCCCGGUGUCCGGCUCCGCGGGGCUCCGUCUCAGCCUCAUCCACACUCCUAUCCGCCGGGGGGCGACACCGGGGCCCCGGACAUCAAACAGCAGCGACCCGACCCCCCCAACCGGGGAGGGAAUAGGUGGGGACAGCGGAGGCCUCGAAGACUCCUGUUUCGCAGACAAGAGCUCCUUUGCUGAAAAUAUUAGCGCCUUUAACUUCACCUCCGUGACCAGCAGCUCCUCGGCGAGGGGCCCCGACAGCGGCCGUGCGGACAAAGCGGCCCCAGGCUUCCUCGCCAAGCCCAAAAUACCUACCCCUGUGACUGGGUACUCAGUGACUUCAUCGUCCGCGGUAUCGGCCCAGUCUGCCUCUUCGAUUAUUGUAGCUGUAGUGGAAGGACGCGGUCUGGCCCGGGGGGAGAUAGGAAUGGCCAGCCUCGACCUAAAGAACCCUGAAGUUGUGUUAUCCCAGUUUGCAGACAACACAAUUUACGUGAAGGUGAUAACCAGACUGCAGAUUCUGUCUCCGCUGGAAAUUCUGAUGUCAAAUACAGCGUGUGAGAGCGGCAGCUCAACGAAGCUAUUCCGCCUGAUAACGGAGAGCUUUAAGGACGUUUCCUUCACUUCGGUGCAGAGGAAAUAUUUCAAUGAAACCAAAGGCUUGGAAUAUAUUGAGCAGUUAUGCGCCCCAGAAUUCGGCACGGUCCUGAUGGAAGUGCAGUCUAAGUACUAUUGCCUCGCCGCCGUCGCUGCGUUGUUCAAAUACGUGGAAUUUAUUCAGAACGCCGUCUACGCUCCGAAAUCUCUCAAGAUCCGCUUUCAGGGAAGCGAACAAACGGCUCUGAUUGAUUCGACGUCUGCACAAAACCUCGAGCUUUUAGUCAACACCAGAGACUCCAGGAAUGGCCACACGCUCUUUGCUGUCCUAAAUCACACAAGAACCCCAGGCGGGAGCCGCAGACUGCGCUCCAAUAUCCUCGAGCCCCUCACAGAUCUGGAGACCCUCAGCACGCGGCUGGACUGUGUGCAGGAGCUCCUGGAGGACGAGGAGAUGUAUUUCGGGCUCCAGUCAGUUCUUUCCAGGUUUUUGGACACGGAACAUCUCCUUUCCAAUAUAGUUCAGAUUCCGAAGCAGGACACGGAUAAAGCUGCAGACGCCAAAAUAAGCUAUUUGAUUUCACUGAAGCAUACGCUGGAGCUUAUCGACCCUCUGAAGGCUGCACUAAAGAACUGUAAAACGCAUCUUCUUAAAGCGUACUCGGCAUCAUUGGAAGAUAAGAGGUUUGAUAUCAUUCUUGAAAAAAUUAGGAGUGUCGUUAACGAUGACACGAGAUACACUAAAGGCUGCCUGAACAUGAGGACCCAGAAAUGCUACGCCGUCCGGCCAAAUAUCAAUGAAUUCCUGGACAUUGCACGGCGGACGUACGCAGAAAUCGUAGAUGAUAUUGCUGGAAUGAUCUCGCAGCUCUCCGACAAACACAAUCUACCCCUGAAGACCAGCUUCAGCACCGCCAGGGGCUUUUUCAUCCAGAUGACCACCGAUGGAAGCGUGAAAUCCACGGCUACGCUUCCUCCUGAAUUUGUCAAGGUGACUCGCGCUAAAAAUACCUACAGUUUCACAUCUGUGGAUUUAAUUAAAAUGAACGAGAGAUGCCAGGAAUCCCUCCGAGAAAUCUAUCACAUGUCAUAUCUAAUAAUCUGUAAACUCCUCAGUGAGAUUUACGAACACAUCCACUGCCUCUAUAAACUAUCCGACACGGUCUCCAUGCUGGACAUGCUGCUGUCCUUUGCUCACGCCUGCACGCUCUCAGACUACGUUCGCCCGGAAUUCACAGAUACUUUAGCGAUAAAACAGGGAUGGCAUCCGAUCCUGGAGAAGAUUUCCCUGGGAAAACCCAUCUGUAAUAACACGUACAUGACAGAGGGAAGCAACUUCGCAAUCAUCACCGGACCCAACAUGAGCGGGAAGUCGACUUAUCUGAAGCAGAUCGCCCUGUGUCAGAUCAUGGCCCAAAUCGGGUCGUUCGUCCCGGCUGAAUACGCCUCCUUCAGGAUCGCUGAGCAGAUAUUCACCAGAAUCGGGAUGGAUGACGACAUUGAAACAAAUUCAUCAACAUUUAUGAAAGAGAUGAAAGAGGUGGCGUACAUCAUACAGAACGCCAACGCCAGGUCUCUCAUUAUAAUCGACGAGCUGGGCCGAGGCACCAGCGCAGAGGAAGGGAUCGGCCUUUGUUACGCCGUCUGUGAACACCUCCUGGGCACGAAGGCGUUCACGCUGCUCGCCACGCACUUUCUGGAGCUCUGUCACCUCGGCACGAUGUAUCCAAACGUGGAAAAUUAUCACUUCGAGGUGCAGCACGUGAAAUCCAAAUCCGGCAGCGAGGAGUCCAUCUCGUACACCUACGUGCUGUCCAGGGGCCACACGACGGAGAAGAACUACGGUCUGAAAGCGGCCGAACUCUCCUCGUUACCAGCGGCGCUCCUGCAGGAUGCCAAUCGCAUCGCCAACCAAGUCGCGGAUCGGAUCUUACAGAAACAGACGAGCUCCGCGCGCAGCGCCAAGCAGACGGCGGCUUAUCAUUUGGCCGCGAGGCUCGUGCAGACGGCUCGUAACUCGCGCCUCGACCCGGCCAGCCUGCGGACUUUCCUGAGACAUCUGAGGAGGAAUUACGAGUCCGAGUGCCUCGCAGCCGACCAGCUACCAGCCGAGUAGCAGCCGUGUUUACCGAGCCCUGCAGCCAGGUAUUGGUGGUAGGGAACCCGACGCUCUAUCUGAAUAAGCCGAUAUCGAACCUGCUAUACAUUACGUUACGUUAUAUAUCGCCAGCCGCUUCC